AUGAAGAUUACAUACAGGGCAUUGGAUUUGAAUAAUGACGUGCAGUUGAAUAAAGUGAAACAGUUGAUUGAUGCAGAUUUAUCAGAACCUUACUCUAUCUAUGUAUAUAGGUAUUUCCUGAAUCAGUGGCCAGAACUGGCAUUGCUGGCAUUUGAUAUCGAAUCAGAGGACAAAGAAACACCCAUUGGUUGUAUUAUCUCGAAGAGUGAAUGUCAUGCAGCAGCAAGAGAAAGGGGUUAUAUAGGCAUGCUAGCUGUGGAUCAUAAAUAUAGAAGAAUGGGUAUUGCCAAAAACUUGGCCAAAUUGGCUAUAGUUAAAAUGAAAACAGGUGGGUGUGAUGAGAUUAUGCUCGAAACAGAGGUAGAUAACUUCGCUGCAUUGAAUCUUUAUGAAUCUCUGGGUUUUAUAAGAGUCAAAAGAAUGUACAAAUACUAUUUGAAUCAUGGUGAUGCCUACAGACUGAUCUUACCACUGACAGAGAAGGCAGUCCAAAAAUCAUAUAUAUUAAAUGAAGAACUUAGAUAG